GGCAACAUUAACGAUUUAAUAAAAAGGAAACUAAGAAAAAAUUAUUAGUGUAAAUAACACCUACGAGAUCUUGAAUGUGUAAAUAAUCGAUUAUUUCUACAUUAGAUAAAGACAUUUGUAACAAUGGAUGCCAAAAAGAUUGAAUGGUUUGAAAUCAUUGAACCUUGCACUAAAGAAGAAGUUUAUGUUAACAUGUAUACUGGUGAAUGUGUUUGGUAUCCUCCUCCUGGUGCUCUAAUCAAGAAGUCUGAUGACAAUCUUUGGUGGGAAAUAUUUGAUCCCAACUCCUCUAGAUUUUAUUAUUACAAUGCUGCUAAUCAAAAAACUGUGUGGCAGAAACCUCAAAACAGUGAUGUUAUAUCACUAUCUAAACUUCAGGCAUUGAAACAGAGCAUUUAUGACUCAAAUGAUGAUGAAGAAACAAAAAAGGAGUCAACUGCUACUCAAACAACUACAAAAAUUAGUGCAAAAAAUAUCCAAAAAAAUGCUGCAUUUCAAAAAUGUGCUUCAACUCAAACUUCUUACACAACAAGUCCUGGGAAAGAAAAAAUAAGGCAUGGUUUUUCUUCUCAUUCUGAACACUCACUUUCUGCAUAUUCCUAUGAUUCUGGGUGUGUUGGCGAUUCAAGCUUGGCAUCUCAAAGUCACAGCUCAUUAAAUAGCACUAAUUAUCAGUGUUUCAGAAAGUUAGAGUUUUGUUCUGCUGAAAGUGUUGAUUCAUCAUAUUUUCAAGAUCAAAAUGUGCUUCAACCAAGAAUAUCAUGGCAUGAAUCAAAACAAUGGGAAAAACGUGGCAAUCUUGAUUUCAAUAAGGUUCCAGAAUCAGGACAUUCAGCACAAAGACCAAUGCUUGGUAACAUCGUACCUGUGUGGCAACAACAUUCCUUUGAAUGUUGGCAGGCUCCAACGCGUGUUGCCCCUAAACAACACAGCUUCGACUUGGCUUUGGCAUCUCGAAGGCAUGUAACACAACCAUUUGUUCAUUCUAAAGGAAAGAGCUGCAUAAAUUUCAGUAAUGCGAAUGAACAAAAGAAAAGGUCCACUCCUCAGCAUUAUCGAAAAGUUCAAACCAAAAAUUCAUUAUCAUUUGGACUGGAUCAGAUUAAACAUGUGUCAUCAAGCUAUGUUGUUGAAAAUAAUUCCUCUUAUCCUCCUGAAGCUGUUGGAACCCCUUUGGCUAGUCGAAGACAGUGGUUUGUCAAAGGUUCAAGAAAACCAGAAGUUGUGUCCCGUAAAGCCGAAAGUAAUGCUUCAAGUCCUCAGAAUCCUCUAAUGCCUUUGGAAAAUUUGCAGUCAUUUAAAAGAAGUAAGAACAGUGUUCAAACAGGCAUGAAUAAAUAUGCAGAUCACUGUUCAUCUUCUUAUAAACAACAUUCAUUAGAUCUCCCUUUACAUACGUAUAAUAAUACUCGAAAUAUGCAACGUAAAGAUGGAAGAUACUUACAAGAACUGAUAAUCCCUCUCCCUCAGCCUUCUCAUUCCAAAACGAAGGUUUCCCCUGAUUACAAAAUGGAAAAUUAUCACCGUGAUAAUAUGCUUACAAGACAAAGGUAUUACAAUUCCUGCAAGCAUAUUUACAACUAUCAAAAUGACCAUUCUGGAUUGUGUACCACUCCUGACUAUGAUGUUCCCUGUUGCUAUCAAGCUGAAAAUUACUUGUCUCCUCUUCAACAAUAUUUGAUGGAGCAAGCUAAGCUUUCUGGUAAAUUAACAGAUUUGGGUGAUGAUAAAGAUUCCUUUUCUCAAAGUGAUGAUGACUCUGAUGGUCAGAGGGAUGAUGAUGAUCAUUUUGCUGAUGAUGAAGGAAUGAGUCAUCAUGAUUCUUCAUCUUUAGAAUAUCUUGAUAACUAUGUUUAUUUGGAUGAAGAUGGUGGUGAUCUGUUUUACUCACCUGUUCUUAAUUCAUCUUAUAGUAAAAAUAAAUCACAUCAACCGUCUGGUUUUAAAUAUCCUAAAGCUCAAGAAGCUGAAGAUUCAGUUUCUUCCUCAUCAUUUUUUUCAAUUCGUGAAUCCAACCAACAACCACUUCUGCCUUCUUAUUAUGAUACUUUUGGUGAUAAAUCUGAUGAACAGGACUAUAACAGUAUUCAUGAUGAAUCUGAGGAUAGCAAAAGUUCCAAAGGUGACAUUCAAAAAUAUGCUGAAGAUAAUCUGAACAGACAUACGAAAGGAAUCUUUAGAAAGAAGUUUUCUCUACAAGACAUGUUAUCAUGGUCCAAGGAUCCCAUUAGGAAGCCAAUGAUAACAACUACUGAUAAAUCUCUUAAGCGAGAUGCCUGUGAAGUAUUCAAGCUUAUCCAGACUUAUAUGCUUGAUCAUAAAGCUAAAAAUGGUCAGACUUAUGAAGCAGUUGUCUUAGAUAUUGCCACCAGAGGUUGGAGCAAACCUGCACUGCGUGAUGAACUGUACAUUCAGAUUUGCCGGCAAACUACAGAAAAUCCUAAAAGAGAAAGCUUAGUGUUAGGUUGGGAAUUAAUGGCUGUAUGUCUAUCCUUCUUCCCACCAUCAAUCAAAUUUCAGCCUUAUUUAGAAGGUUACAUUAAGAAACACCAAAGCAGUAGUCUUGAUCCUCCUGAUUUAAAAAUCAGUCAGUAUGCUCUUGUAUGUGGAAAAAGAUUGGAGCAAAUCUCCCAUAAAGGUGCUGCCAGAAGUUUAAGGAAGCCUACUGUGGAAGAAAUCGAGCAAUCUAGAAUUCAAAUAUUUCGACCUUCAAUGUUUGGAAAUACUCUUGAGGAAGUAAUGACUCUACAAAAGAAACGAUACCCAAAUUAUCGUUUGCCAUGGAUCCAAACAACGCUUUCUGAAACUGUAUUAAGACUUAAUGGAGCUCAAACAGAAGGGAUUUUUCGAGUACCAGGAGAUGUUGAUGAGAUUAAUACCAUGAAGAUGAAAAUUGAUCAGUGGGAACUUAUUGCAUGUGAUGAUCCUCAUGUGCCAGCAUCUUUAUUGAAACAGUGGUAUAGAGAAUUGUUUGAACUUCUCAUACCUGCUGAUUAUUAUGAAGAAUGCAUUACCUAUUGUAAUGAUGCUGAUGCUGCUGUUCAAAUAGUGAAGAAUUUGCCAGAUUUAAACAGAUUGGUCUUUUCUUAUCUGAUAAGAUUUUUGCAAGUAUUUGCUGCUGAGGAAAAUUGUGCGGUGACAAAAAUGGAUGCAAAGAAUCUAGCGAUGGUAAUGGCCCCCAAUUGCUUGCGAUGCACUUCAGAGGAUCCUUCUGUCAUAUUUGAAAAUACUCGGAAAGAAAUGGCAUUUAUUCAAACUCUAAUACAGAACUUGAAUACUAGCUAUAUGGAGGGCAUAGUGUAGGUGGUAAUUUAGGAGUAAAUAGACUACAAAACCUCUACAAAACAUUAAAACACCUCCAAUUCCGUUAUUGAUUUUAUCAAAGAAUGAUGUGGAAUUAAAUUGUUUCCCACUGAAAUUCAGUAACGAAUGUUACUAUGCAUCAUGUCAGUUAAGGUUUGAAAAAAAUAUUUUAUAUAGGAAAUUGUUAACUUAAACUCAUAAAAAAAUAUAGAAAAUGUUACUCAAAUAUUAUAAUAAUGGUGCUAUUCCACCUCAUUAAGAAUAUGUAUAUAUACCCAUAUAAAAUGUAUUUGUGAAAAACAAAGUUCUUUCAAGAAUAAUUAUUAAAAAAGUUCUGCUAAAGCUAAGCCUCAAUUCUUUUGUAAAAAUAAAUAAAAGUGUAAUUUUAUUUUAAAGAUGACAUUAAAAUAAUGUCAUCUUUAAAAUAAAAUGUUAUUUAAAUUCUUAAAUAAAGAAAGUCUUUAUUCGUAUAAUUUAUUCAACAAUUGGAUAAUGAAGGUAUUAAAAAAUGUUUUUAAAAAAUUGUUCAUGUAAAAAAAUAUUCAAGAGAGACAAAUACCAUCCCUAAAAAAGAGUUUUAUCAAAAAUUUUAUUUCAUUUAUUUACUGCAAAACGAAAACAAGUAAAUUUGUAAAUUUAUAUUUUUUUCUUAAAAUGCAAUACAGAGUUAAUAGGUUGAUGGGUUGAAAAUUUCGGAAAUAUAUAGACAAAAUGAUACUGCCUUAUAAUUUUUUUAACAUUGCUAUUGUAAUUUUAAAAAAUUUUAAUCAAUUCAUGAGUUAUUAAACUGGCUUUCCAAUUUACUGAAUUGAAGCAUUAAAAAGUUGUGAAGAUGCUAAACUUUACUUAGUAGAAAAGGGGUGUAAAAAGUAGUUUCUUUACAAAAAUAAAUCUGCUCAAAAUAAAUGACAAUGAUUAAUAAAAUUUUGUAGGAUUCUUUUUAGUGUCCAUGAAUCUAUAUUUUUUUCUCCCAAUUAAUUGUUCAUUUAGUUUUUUCUCAAUGCUGAAUGAAUGGGAACGUUUAAAGUAAAAAGCAUAUCCAUAUAGACACAAACAAAAAUAAAUGUAGAGAUUAAUCACAUCUUUAUAUUGUUAAUUACAAGUGAUACUUAAUAAUGCAUAAUAUAAAUAUAAUCAUUAUUCCUUUAAUUUCUUAAAAAUCUUUUGGUGCAAUAUAGAAUGUUGUAUAAACAUUUUUUUCAAUUAGUACAUAUCCAUAUAGACACAAACAAAAAUAAAUGUAAAGUUUAAUCACAUCUUUAUAUUGUUAAUUAUAUGUGAUAUUUAAUAAUGCAUAGUAUAAAUAUAAUCAUUAUUUCUUUAAUUUUUUAAAAAUCUUUUGUUACUUAUUUGAUAAGAGAAAAUGUUUAGCUAGUCAUUUUUUAUUGUUUCUUAAAGGGUUUUUUUUUAACUGCCUCAAUUAUAUAUAUAUAUAUAUUAUAAUUUGGGAAUAUAAAAUAAACUACAUAAUUAAUAGUGAAUUAUUAAAUGUAAUUCUGUAUCUGGCAUUAAGUAUACUGACUUAUAUAAGAAAAAUCUAUCCAUUAAAAAGACAAAUUUAAUGCGAUUGUUUUCUUGGCAUGCUUUGUGACUGCUGAAUAGGUAAAUGUUUUGAUACUAUUAAAUGUAGCAUGUUCCCUAUUUUUUUAACUACCUAUAAUGUAAUUCAAAUUUUGUUUGAUUUCUGUUUAAAACUAUAUUUCCAUUCAUUUUUCUGAAUGUUGUUCAACAUUUGUAAAAAAAAAAACAACAACAAACUAUAAAUUAUUUUAUAGUACUUUUUCAUCAAAAUUUGACUAUGCCUUCUUUUUGU